UUAAAUUUAAAAUAAAGACAAAAAUAAACUAUUUUUGUUUUCUUCUAAAUAAUUUUAUAUAAAAAAAUUUUUAUAGCUAAAGUAGAGUAAUAAUUAUGAAUUCAUUACCUGAUCAGUAAUUCUCGCAUAACAAAUGUUACAUGAGAAAUGCGGAAAACAAAGUAGUAGGGCAAACAUUCGGGAGACCAAGCAACCCUAGGCCACCGUAGAAUAACGCUUAACCGAAACUCCAUUGAUUUCCUCCUUUGCCCUCACCGAAUACUACGCCGUGAGCAGCAUAGGUAAGGCUACGAGCAGGCAGCGGAAUUCCAACAUGGAAGUCGCCAAUCCUUUGAAACGAAAGCGACAAGACGAUGGCAACCAGGUGGAGGUGGACCUUUCCCUCCUCGAAGCCGUCGAGAAAUCCCAAAACACUGUCGAAGUACUUGACCUCCGCACCCUCAAAAAGCUUGUCCUCUCCUUCGAGCGGCGCUUAAAGGAGAACAUCGAGGCCCGGCUCAAGUACCCUGACCAACCGGACCGCUUUGCUGACUCCGAAGUGGAGCUGCACGAGGAGCUCGAGAAGCUGAAGAUUCUAGCUGGAGCCCCUGAGCUGUACCCUGAGCUGGUCAAUCUCAAUGCCAUCCCUUCCAUUCUCAAUCUCUUGUCCCACGACAACACCGACAUUGCCAUCGACGUUGUGCAUUUGCUAGAGGAUUUGACGGACGAGGAUGUUCUGGAGGACAACGACGAGCCUGCCAGGAUUCUGGUCGAUUCCCUCAUCGAGAACAAUGUGUUGGAGCUGUUGGUCCAGAAUCUGCAACGCUUGUCUGACAAGGACCCUGAUGAAAUGAGUGCUGUUUACAAUACAUUGGCCAGCAUAGAGAACAUGAUAGAGGUGAAGCCAGCAGUGGCGGAGUUGGUCUGCGAGAGGACAAAGUUGUUGAGAUGGUUGUUGGGGAAGAUUAAAGCGAGGGAAUUCGAUAGUAAUAAGCAGUAUGCAUCGGAGAUAUUGGCCAUAUUGCUGCAAAACAGCACAGCCAAUCAGAAGAGAUUAGGACAAAUGAACGGCGUGGACGUGGUUUUGCAGGCGGUGGCUAUGUAUAAAUCAAAGGAUCCCAAAACAUCCGAUGAAGAGGAAAUGCUGGAGAAUUUGUUUGAUUGCUUGUGUUGUUUAUUGAUGCCAUUGGAGAACAAGGAGAGGUUCGUUAAGGCCGAAGGGGUGGAGUUGAUGAUUAUUAUUAUGAAACAGAAAAAAUCUGCUUAUGCCUCUGCCAUCAGGGCACUUGAUUUUUCCAUGACCAAGUAUCCGCCUGCUUGUGAGCGAUUUGUGGAUGUUUUGGGAUUGAAGACUGCCUUUGCUGCUUUCAUGGGUAAGAUUCCUAUAAGUAAGAAGAACAAGAAGGAAAGGUACCAAGAGGAGUUGGAGGAGCGCCUUGUAUCCCUAAUUGCAUCAUUAUUUGGUGGAAUUUUGAGAGGUUCUAGAAGGGAAAGGUUGUUAAGUAAGUUUGUUGAGAACGAGUGUGAGAAGAUAGACCGCCUUAUGGAAUUAUAUAUAAGAUAUUCUGAUAGAGUUAGAGCAGAGACACAAAGACUGGAGCAACUUGAACUUGAUGAUUUAGAGAUGGAUGAAGAGGAAAAGUACAACAGGAAACUUGAAUCUGGACUUUACACUCUUCAGUUGAUUGCUGUUAUUUUGGGUCAUCUUUGGUGCUCUGAACACCCUCAAAUGAGAGCAAGAAUUGAAUUACUACUCAAGCAGCAGAAGCUUACUAAGAAAGAUAUCAAGGAUAUACUUCAGGAAUAUCAUGAUAAUAUUGGUGACCUGGAUGGAGCGGAAGAGAAGGAGCGAGCACAGACAAGGAUCCAGAAGAUUAUCUCAUCCUUUUGAUUGUCAGCUGAUUUUGUACUUAGCUUGGAUGUGCAUUGUGAAACUGAAUCCAUGCUUAUACAAUUAGGCAGGCUUCUCCAGAUUGUGAAAUUGCCCCCAAUGCGAGACAUGUUAGGAACAACAUUCCGAUUUAAUUACAACCUCCACUCCAAUGCUUUUAAACAACUUUUGCAGGGUUUUAUCUUGGUGUAACCAAGUUAGAGAAAAUGGGAUUUUUCUUUUUAAAUAAUGUGAGUGCUAACUGCUAAGCAACACUAUCCUAUUUAUUGAAAUUAAAAAAAAAAUAACAAAUUAAAGAUACAAAUAUAAGUU